AUGUUCCAUCGACGUCGUCCAGCUGUCACCACCACUAGUACCAGCAGACCUACGCUGAUGACCAGACUCAAAGGUCGCAAUGCGAAGUCGCGCACGGUGAAGACCACCACGACCACCCACCAAAAUCCCACCGCCGGUCACACUCGUGCCGGCCCGGCCCAUGUCGGUGCUACUCACGCCGGCCGCACCGGGAAGGGCGUUGGUACUCGAAGACGCUUUGGUACCCGGAAUCGCCAUGGAGCAACUGCUACUCAUACCCACCAUCGGCGCAAACCUACACUAGGCGACAAAGUCUCGGGCGCUAUGUUGAGGCUGAAAGGAAGUCUGACGCAUCGUCCUGCAGUCAAGGCUGCUGGAACUCGCCGCAUGCAUGGCACUGAUGGACGUGGAAGCCACGCCCGCCGGGUCUACUAA